CAGCAGCUGGGAGAGCCGAGGUGAAGGCAGCCUCUGGAGUCAGAUGUGUCUCGCAGCUUUUCCAGAGUAGAGGGAGAGCCCUUGGAGAAGAGCCUGUUUGCAGUGGGAGCCUCUGCAGCAGUGUUUUAGCAGGAGGAUGAGAGGCGGGAAUUUGCACCGUUGUGCCAGGCCCCAGGCGCAGAAGAGGGGGAGAGCCAGGCCAGCAGACGUGUGAGUGGAGCUCCCGGCUGGAAUGCACCAGCUCAGCAGGGGAUUGUCCUCCCCGGGCCGGGCAGGCGCCGUGCCCUGAGCUGGGUGCCCCGGCUGCCCGCGCCAUGGCUGCAGCAGACAGCGCCUCAGCCACGCUCCGGCGCCGCGACCUGUGCAGCCGAGGCAUCCGCCUGGCCGGGAAGAUGCGCUCGGACGUCGUUGACCUCCUGGACACCUAUGUGGAGCAGCAGGGCCUGGAUGCAUCGGCCAGCGUGGCGGCGGUGGAGGGGGUGCCGGUGGCAGCGGUGGAGCGCUGGGAUGAGCAGACGGGGACCCAGCGGCUGCUGGAGAACCUGGCGGCAUACCGGGUGUUCCGGGCCCUGCUGGCGCAGAUGCUGGAGGAGCAGCAGGAGCAGCUGGGGGAGGCCGAUGCCACGCUGGGCCGGGCACUGGCGGCCGUCCUGCUCCAGGUCUCGGCCUUCACCUACCACCUCGAGGAGCUGCUGCAGCUGGAGAACCGCGGCCCCCCUGCCGAGGAGGCGGCUGUGCUGCCCGUGCCCCCCCCGCUCAGCCUCUUCGAGAGGAAGCUGCGGGGCCUGGGCGUGCUGCGGGAGCUGGCCCAGUGGGCAGUGAGGUCUGUGCGGGACCUGCGGCAGCUUGCCAAGCCCAGCCCGGGCAGUGGCACAGGCCCCAGCCCAGCCGAGAGCCCUUGAGGGCAGGCAGGGGGCAGGGGUUGGAUCCCGCAGAGUGGGGGGCUCCUUGCCCACCUCUGCAGAGAGCUACUGACAGCAGAGGAGGUUGUUCCGGGAGGGGGGUGGACGGGAGGGACCGUGUCACUGAACCCUGGCACCCCCACGCUCUUGGUGCUGUUCCCUGUGGGAAGCUGGGCAUGGGCCGCACUCCGUGCUGGAGGGAGCGAGGAAGCCGAUGUGGGGCGAGCCUCGGGGGGUGCAGAUGUUCCCUGGGAAGCAGCUUUGCCGCUCGUCCCAGGGCCAUGGCCCCCAGGGGGCUGUGGCAGUGUUGGCCUUUUCUGUGAAGCCUGGUCACUACCCGGCUUGCCUUGGCUGUGCAGGCAGGAGCUGCCCCAGGGCUGUGUGGAGGCAAGGCAGGAGUGAAGGGACAGAAAUGUCACCUGGUGAAGGAGCCUCAGGACAUGCCCCCAGCUGCAGGACGCAAGGCUUGACCUCCUUCACGCGUGCUCUCACCUGGCUCACAAUUACUGUGUUGGAAUUUCUGCUCUAACUGCUUGUUGUUUUUUUUUUUGCGGGGGGGGGGGGGGAGUGGGGGUAUGAUCAAGAGGGGAUUUCUUAGUCGCUUGGACAAGGUAACGGAGAGGAUCUUUUAGCUGAAGGCUGUGAUUCAGAAGACCCUCCACAAGGAGGUUUGUGCUUCCAGAGGUUACUUUGGGACUGGGAUCAGCAUGGAAGAUGAAACAGCUGAACCACAUCGCUCACCCCGUGAACGGGAAUGCCCACAACCAUGUUUUACUUGCUGAAUGGAUGCGAUGACUUCAAAGCAAAUAAAAGGGAUGGGUUAUCUACUAUGAUGACUGGGACUUCUUGGGGAAGCCUGGGCUGCCCCCCUCCUACCCCACCCCAAGGGAAGGUCGGUUCCAGUGGGGUGGGAGGUUUGGGGGGAACGGGACCUGCUGGGAGGCCAUGAGGAAGAUGAGGGAGAUGGAGGUGGCAGGAGGAGGAUGGGGGGGGGUGUCACUGAGACUCUGCCCCAUCCUAAUGUGGUCCUGCUUCCUGACCUGCAUGAGGGAGGCAACGCGAGGGGACAGUGGAGGCAUGGGGUGGGGAAGUGGCAGCUGGGGACGUGCCCAGCGGGCUCCAUACAAAGAGGCUUUCCUGUGGGUGGUGGCAGCACUGGGCCCAGUGCCUGCCCCAGGGCCAGGAGUGUCUGUGUGGGCGCUGGGUGCUGUGGUAGGACAAAGGCUGACACUGAGCUGGGGCCCUCAACUCCCAUGCUGCCCACUUGGGGAAGGUGGGGCCCCAGGGAUGGGGCUGCCCUGUGGCACUGGGGGUGGUUUGGUAGCACCCAGUUGUUUUGUGGGUGAUGCCCAAGAGGUAAAACAUGCACCUUCUUCAUCACCACUUUCUGCCUGACCUCAGUUUUGCAGCUCAGACUGGAUUAUUUGCAAUGUUUCUGCUUCUGGGAACAACAAUUUAUGGCAUUUUUUUUUUCGUGAUUAGUCAAAGUGAGCCCCUUUCUUGGCAAAUGUUUCCCAGUUUCAGCUGCUUUGUGUUCUUGAAACCAUCUUGCUCUUCCCUUGCAGCCCCAUGCUCUGCAGCGGCUGGAUGCUCACAUCCUUGCCCACCCGCUGCCCAUCACCUUCCCGCAGGCAAGCACAGACAUCUUGAACACCGCACAUCCAGCACCAAGUCUUGCCACCCGCACAGGCAGGAGCAUAGAAUCAUAGAACCGACCAGGUUGGAAAAGACCUUUUAAGAUAAUCAAGGCCCAGCAGUGCCAAGGCCACCUCUAACCCAUGGCA